AUGUCUUUAGUAUUUUAUAUAAAAGUUACAAAACUUUCCAUAAUUGCACAGAUUGACCAUUACCGUGAACAACAAAUCGUUCCAUUCUUUACUAUGGCGACAAUAUUCGUUAAUAAUCCUGGUAAUUUAUCUAAUCCUUCACAAAUUCAACGUUUAAAUAAACUUGUUAAUGAAAUGGAAAGUUUACCAGAAAGUUGGGGGUCUUCAAGUACAAACUAUUUUAUUAGAGAUUUAUCUGAUUUUUUGGGAGAGGAAUCUUUAAAUGAUUUAAAUAAUGGAUUGAUUAAUGAAUUUUUGAAAUGGCCAGAAAAUAAACAUUGGAAGGCUUUUGUUAGAACAGACGGAGAAAAUGGAACUUUAAAACGUUUUUUCUUUACAACUGCUUAUCAUGGAGAAAGUCUUAAAGAAUGGGCAGAACGUGCCAAUCUUCAAAAUAAAUGGCGUGAUAUUAUCGAUAAAUACAGUGAUUUAAAUGCUACUGUUUUCAACGAUGAGGGGUUAUUCCUCGAUUUAAUUAAUAAUAUGCCAACAGAUGCAUGGCAAUCAGCACUAGCAACAUUAAUUUGUAUGACAACAAUUUGUGCAUUAUUUAUGGGAGGAGAAUGGAGAACAGUUAUUUUAGCUGGUAUAACUAUUGGCUCUAUAAUUUUGGGUACAUUGGGUAUUCUAGCUUGGAUGGAUAUUACUAUGGAUCCAAUUAUGAUGGCUGCUUUAGUAAUUUCAAUUGGAUUUAGUAUAGACAUCCCUGCCCAUGUUACAUAUCACUUCUACAGUUCUGGUUUUGAUUUACCAAAACCGAUCAACAAAAAUGACCGACAUUCAUUCCUCAAUCAACGUCUAACAACUACUUUACUUGCUGUUGGAAUACCAGCAUUACAAGCAGCAAUAUCAACAUCAUUUUGCGUUCUUGCACUACUAUUAGUUCCUCUUUAUAUGGCACAAAUAUUUGUUAAAAUAAUGUUUUCUUGUAUUAUUCUUUGUGUUAUUCACUCUUUAAUAUUAAUUCCUGCGUUAAUUGUAUUGUCUGAUGGAAUUUUGUGGAAUUUAUUUUUACUUUGCCAUAAUACAGAAUCUGUGCCAAAUUCUAUAGAAAGUUAA